AUAAUAAUGGAAUUAUGACAUAAAACUAACAGAGAUUAUCACUAGAAAGUUCUUAACGCAAGUUUUUAACUUCUUUAGAUUUAAAUUACAUUGUCUUUCAAAACCAAAAUCACAGACUCAGGCUGAGAUUUAGGCUAUACACCUAAUUUUUCAACGCGGAAGUAAGGUUUUUAUUUUAUUUUUUAUUUCUUUAUUUGUUUGCAAUUUUAACAUACAGAAAAUACAAUAACACACAAACAAUCUUUCAGACAAUACACAAUUAUGGCACAAUAGUCAACAAGAAAAAUUAUAUAAAGAAUAAUCCAAGAAAAGGGGGAGGGGGGGGAAUUUAAUGAAUAAAGCAUAUUGCGAAAGAAUAUUAAACAUACCACAAACGCGGAAGUAAGGUGCUAGCCUUUCUGUAAAUGUGCGAGAAUUCAGAUUUAUUGGCCGCUAGGGAAAUAACGAGAAUAAUAUCAAAGUGCAGUAAUGUAACUGUUUGCGCUACAAACCAGCGUGUUUAAGACAAUAUAUUAAAAUAAUAUGGUAAGAAAUACCAGUUUGCAAUAUCAAGCAGCAUAACGAGCUUUUUUCAAAUGGAUUUUAAUAAGAACUAAAUAUGAUUUACAUACAAGAGUACAUUUAGCAGCAUAACGAGUUUAUUUGACUGCUGUACAGCUAAAAAUUACUGGAAGCGAAUGACACCGGGCACCAGACAUAUUAGAGCCGCGCCCGCUUUUAACUGAAAAACAAGAAACCUGUUUUUAUUUAGAUUUAUUUACUUAUUUUUCAAAGUUUUAGACGAUGCAUCCCAAACAGCAGGUGGCGCUGUAUCACUAAUCAUUUGUUUAGACUUGAGGAGGAGGGAAAGUUCGAAUCAGAUGAGGAAGGGUACUACUGAUUCGGAAAUAAGCUGUGGAUUUAAUACAGUACACUUGAAAUGUUAGGUAUCUGUUGACUGCCUAUAUUUUGAGUCGUUGACAUGUCUGCUAUUCCCUGUUUAGUUGAUAGAUGGAGUGAGGAGAAUAACAACAUAAUGUUGACUUGGAAGCAAAAUGAAGAUAACCUCGAGAUAUGUCAGGAUAUUCGGAAGCGAUGCUGUUCAGAAAGCCUUAAACUGCUUCAGAAAAUUCAAGGAAUUCCAGCAGCUACUGAACGACUCAAACUUGAAAUGACAGUUUCAUAUAAUACGUUUUUAUUCUCGUUGGGUUUCUCCAACCCCAGUGAGAUUGAGGAGAGUCUCAGCCACACAUUAUUAAGAGCUUUAGAGGCUGCAGGGUCUGAGGUGUCCUGUUGUGAUCCAGUUAAGUUGUGGGAGGCUGUUCUACAGACUUUUGGCACCUCGGUCUAUGCGCCUUAUGUCUACAAGCUUCUGUUGAUUCAGUGGGUGCUGUGGCUCAUGCACUGUCAGUUAGAGAGAAUUCUUACUCUUCUGAUACAGACUAACCACAAGAGAGAGCAUUCAGCACCUGUGAAUCUGCAGACAGAAACACGAAACCUUGCUUUGAGCAUGGAAGAAGACUCCUCGCUAAGGGUUGCAAUGGCAGCAAAGGACCUCAAGGAUCUUUUGCACAUUUGCACUGUGAUAUGUCAAGGGGUUGAACAGAUGAAGAUGGAGAAAUUUUCUGAAGCCCUUGAGGCUUUUCAGGAGGCUAAAGGCCCAAGUCCCAGAAGUCUCUUGGCGCAGAUCCACACCCUUACAGGCCAGAGUUUUGCUAAGCUGGGUCAGCCCCACUGUGCUCUCCACUUUUAUCGGAAGGCUGUGGAGGUGGAUUGUGCUUGCCAUAGUGCCCUUUAUCAAAGUGCUCUGGUGUUCAGACAGCUUGGCAAUUCAAAGGCAGAAAUUGAGGCAUUGCAUCUUCUUUACUCAGCAGUCCAGCUGCAGUCUGAUAAAAGUUCACCUAGUGCGUCACUGGUCUCUCCAGCUAUGCUGCUUGGUGGUGAACAGAUGACCUUCAUUAGCAGAGUCCCUUCCUCAUCUGUUAUUCUUCACACUUUGGCUCACACAUGUGUGUUCAGUGGCAGAGUUUCAGAUGGUGUUGAGUACUAUCUUGAUCUGUUGGCGUCACUGCAGUCAGAUGGCAAAGAUCUCGUAUCCACAGGGGAUGGCACUUCUUUUCCCAGAAUCCCAGUGGUCUACCUUGAAGCAGGAUUUGCUUUGUUGAAAGCUCAAAGGUAUAGUGAUGCUCUUGUGGUCUGCGAGGAGGUCAUCACCAGCACUUUCGACUUCAUUCCCGAGAGGCUGCUGCUUGAUGCCGUUGAAAAACAAAAAUUAUCUGACUCCGAUGUUGUACUUGAAAAGGUUGACUUUGUGUUAUGGGCUGGUGCGGCCCAUCUCCUUCAAGCACAAGCCCACUGGAAACUGAAGGACACCAAAGAGGCUAUUACAAACUUUACAAGAGCGAUUAAUCAGCUGGUGAAAGUGUUUAUUAAACAGAAAGACUGGAAACAAAAACAUCUUGGAAACACUGAAGCAAUGGUUGAAAGAAUGGUAACUUUGGAAGCAGCAAAAGGACAAGCACUAGCUGGUAGAGGACUCUGUUUUUUGGAAAGAGGUCAAUUGAAGGAGGCCCUGAGAGAUCUUCAUCUCAGUCUCCAGAUGUCACCAGGUUGUAAGAAUACUGAAAUGUGGCUAACUGAAGUCUUGUGGAGGCUUGAUCGUAGAGAGGAAGCAUCAGCACUCUGGAGGGAAGCCCAUAGUACUUCAGUUACACCUAAGUCAAUAAACCUACCGCUGUAUUUGCAAACAUGGCCAGAGGACACAGCUUUUGACUUCACUGACUUGAAAAAGAAAAUGGACGAAUACAUUCAUGCCAAAAAUAUGUAACCAUGUAGCAUACUAAUAGCCCUGCUACUCAAACUGUCUAAGUGUCAUCCUUAAAACAAAAUUACAGAGCUGUGCUAAUCAGAGGGCAGGAUUUCAUUUCAUGCUACAAUGACUCUGUUGACAUUUUGUUCAACCAUUGCCAAUAAGGCUACAUUCCACUUGUCAGAAUGAAUGACAAGAAAAUGCAUCCAGACUGGAAUCAGAUUCUUUGUAUAUAUUAUACAUGCUAAAUAAAAAAAGUCUAAAUGGGUGAUGGGGA